GCAAGGCCUCCGGGCGCAGGGAGGACUAGAGCAGAGGGUGGCCACUGCCGAUGGUUACUUCUGACAAGGGUGGUGUCCCACAGGGGCGCGCGGCCCUGUGGUGGCCAGAAGGGCGGCAAGGACGCGCAGGGAAGCACAGUUCACGGCCGGUCGGGGCCAUCCGCCCUGGUGUGAGGGCUCAGGUGCUCCGUGUUAGCGUCGCUGUGGCCACGGCACGACAGGCAGUUGGGAAAGGGGGAAAAGAUACUGCCUGAGAGAAAAACUUGGCAUUCAGAGUGGGCACAAUGGGCUGAGCAACCAGCCCGUUGUGUUUCCAGGGCCGCCCGCCUCUGCCACCUGGCUGGCACUAGCUGCCUUUCGGGCAUCGAGAGCUGACCUGCUGGGGCCGGGGGAGAUGGGCACGGGGGACUCCUGCCUUCCCUGAUAACACCAACCUGGGCCGUGCUGAGACACUGUCCCUGCCCGUUCAGAGCUGACUUAACCACACCCCGGGUCAGUACGAGCACUGGCCCCCGUGUGGUCAGAGGCUGGGUCCUCACAUCUGCUUUACCUGCUCUCCCUGGGGAGCCGGCACCGGGCCCCGUGCCCGGCCCCGACCUGAGGCCUUGCUGGGUAGGGGUAGGACCUGGCCCUCUGUCCAGUAUUUGGCCAGCAGCUCUCAGUCUGAGGGAGGCGGGGCUUGCCGGCGAAGGAGGAGAAGGGCCUCAGGUGGCAAGCUGCUCCCAGCCCGGCCCUCGACAUCAUCCAGUGGAGGCGAGCUGGGCCAACACAAGGGGAACCCGCGAACCCCUGAAGGAGUAGGGAGAGGGCCAGGCUGGUGCGGCCUCGCCAUUCUCCACAGCUGUGGGCGGGUGAUGAGUAGCCACAGCCGCCGCCUUGCCGGAAACGUCUAAUUAGGGGACAGAGAGCAGCACAAGCAGGGCCCGACCAGUUCUGCUUCCUGUCUCCGGCCACCCAGUGACACCCAGUGACAGGAGCGGCAUGCCCUGAGCACGCCCUGUGCGUGCGGCCGCGGCAGGGCCAUGCUCCCGGGGGUGGCGGGAAGACAGGUUUGGCGGGGUGGAUGGGAUGAGGCAAACGUCCCCACCCUGGCAGCCGAGUGGCGGUGCGUCCGGCCUCCCCUGCCCCUGGCUCAGGGUAGAGGCAGCUCCGAGGCCAGACCGGGCAGGCUCGCUCCCUGUCCCCAGUUCCCCAGCACCAGCAUUGCCAGGCUUCUGUGGAACGGAAGAGGCGGGGGCAGGAAGCGGGUGUUCUCCCAAACCGGCCUGGACCCUUGGAACCCUAGCCGUGAACCCCUCACCGCCACCCCCUCAGUGGAGCAAGGGAGCCAAAGUGACAACUCACUUUGAGCACGAACAAACUGGUUAGCCCUCACCUGCCGUCACUCCUCCCUCGGCCGCUCCUUGUGCAGGCGGUGUGGCCGGGCUCCAGCUUUCAGGAGCCUCGCUCAGGCUAUGCGAUACCGAGAGGCAGAAGAGGGUAGAGGUUUCUGUUUGUCUCUACCUGGAUUGAGAAAUGGAAAUUGUCAUUCAGCUUUGAGUUCUUGGCCAAGAUCUCCGGUGGCUGGUAAACCGGCACCAGAAGGGGAGGGGUAGACACACCCCUGCCCUCCCCCAGCCCCCCUCCUGUGCACACAGACAGCCAGCCAGCGCUGUGGGCAGGCCGGAGGGACCCCAAGAGCUCGGGCCUGAUGUCCAGCCUCCCGGCGUCCAGAGAGAGGCGCCACGCCAGCUCAGAGGCCAGGCCAGGGCCAGGCACUGGUGAAUCAACUCCUGGAAUGAGGUGGCUCAUCAAAGUCCCCUGGACAGGCAGACGCCAGUGCCAGCAGAACGGGUUCUGGGCGGCAGGCGGGCACAUUCUGCCCUUGUCAGACCUUUGUUGUGUUUUGAGGGGGCGAGAGCCAGGGCCUCUCCCGAAACUUGGGUGCUUUCAUAUUCACCCUUCCUCCAUCAGUACGUUCCUCUGCCUUCCACCUCCAGCCUUGCCUGCGGUGUCCCGGGAGAAGACGGGAGGGCAGUGGCCCUCCUGCCCUGGGACCACCCCUCCCUCCCUGGGUCCUGGUCCUCUCUGUCUCACCAGCUCUGGGGCAGGGGGUGCUGAGGGCCUUGUUCGUGUCUGAGACCUUGACUCAGCCUCCUGAGUCCUUCUCCCUGAAGACCUUCGUCCUUUCCUUCCUUUACCCUUCUUGACCUUUCCUUUUGAAGCUUGGAAAAUGUUCCUAGCUUUUGGGCUUUAAGCAGAGCUGAUCCUUGAACAACAAUGUGGUUUGAACUGCACGGGCCCACCUCUAUGUGGAUUUUUUUCUGAUAAAUACAGUACAGUGAAUGCAUUUUCCCUUUCUUUAAAUUUUUUUUUAACAUUUUUUCAUUUUUAAGAGUGAGAGAGACAGAGCAUGAAUGGGGGAGGGGCAGAGAGAGAGAAGGAGACACAGAGUUCGAAGCAGACUCCAGGCUCCGAGCUGUCAGCACAGCGCACGACGCGGGGCUCGAACUCAUGGACCGCGAGAUCGUGACCUGAGCUGAAGUCGGACUCAACCGACUGAGCCACCCAGGCGCCCCUGCAUUUUCCCUUUCUUACCGUUUUCUUACUAACACUUUUUUCCUCUGGCUUACUUUAUUGUUAUAAUACAUGUAACCUACAGAAUGUGUGUUAGUCAACUGUAUCUCUUAUCGCUAAGGAUUCUGGGCUAUGAGUAGUUAAGUUUUGGGGGAGUCAAAAGUUCUAUUCGGACUUCUGACCGUAUGGGGGGGGGGUGACGGUCAGGGCCCCUAUCCCCUGCACUGUUAAAGGGUCAACUGUAUAAUAGAGUUUAGCCUUUUGGGAGGAAAGAUACCGAUAAGUGAAAACAUGAGCUCGUUUGCCCCAGCUCUGUCGGCUCUGAGACCCGUACCCUGUGUGUCACUGAGGCAGCCGUUCGUCUUCUCUACUCCGCACUGGGGCCAAGCCUCUCUGGCCCCGUUUAGUGUGAGGUGUCUGCCGUGGGGAGCGGCCGCGUCAAAGGACUGCCAGUCAGUCUGGGCUUCUGCCCACCACAGCCCUACCAGGAGCCAGAGCCGUCAGUGGCUGAACCCCCGUCUUGCCCCCUGGUUUUGGACAUGAGCCUUCGGGACUCCAGCUAUAGUGUGGCCCCUGGGCCCUGCGUGGUAGCCCAGCUGCCCUCUGAUGACAUGAGUCGUUUGGCAGACCCCCAGAGCAGAGACCACGGCUUCCUGCGCACCAAAAUGAAGGUGACCCUCGGGGACAGUGCCGGCGGUGACCUCUUCACCUGCCACAUCUGCCAGAAGGCCUUCACCUACCAGCGCAUGCUGAAUCGCCACAUGAAGUGUCACAAUGACGUCAAGAGGCACCUCUGCACCUACUGUGGGAAGGGCUUCAAUGACACAUUCGACCUGAAGAGACACGUCCGCACCCACACUGGCGUGAGGCCCUACAAAUGCAGCCUGUGCGACAAGGCCUUCACACAGCGCUGCUCCCUGGAGUCUCAUCUCAAGAAGAUCCACGGCGUGCAGCAGAAGUACGCGUACAAGGAGCGGCGGGCCAAGCUGUACGUGUGUGAGGAGUGUGGCUGCACGUCCGAGAGCCAGGAGGGCCACGUCCUGCACCUGAAGGAGCACCACCCCGACAGCCCGCUGCUGCGCAAGACCUCCAAGAAGGUGGCCGUGGCCCUGCAGAGCACCGUCACCUCCCUGCUACAGAGCAACCACCACCUGUGAGCGGUGCCGCCCGGCCUGGGACCCCCUCCCCGCUGCCUGGCCCGGUCCUCCCGCCGCCACCCCUUGCCGGACACGGCGAUGGGGACCACCGGAGCCCCCCAGCACACGUGCUCACUCAGGCGCCACAUCGAGUGAGCUCUGCUCGCGGCUGCAUCUCUGUCUUGCGGGCAGAGGCCGGGCCGAGCCUGGGCAGACACGUGUGAGUACGGGGCGGCCGUGAGGCCAAGGCUGCCUUCAGGUUGAAGGAGAGCACACCUAGAGACGGGACUUCCCUCCCAGAGGAGGCGCGGAGGAUCCCCUUUCUGCCCUCUGGAGGGCAGGGGCGGGGCCCGCUGGGCGAGGACCGCAGAGUAAAGAGCUCCCUGCACACCGAGGCUGUGGGGGAACUGGCAGCUGCCUGGGCGGGGGGGGGGGGGGGGGGGAUCUAACGCUCAGGGCCGAGGUGGGGGGCUCCGCCCUCCCCACACGGAGCCGCAAACCCGCGUGUGCACACAGGAGGCCUUUCCACAUAUCACCUCAUUUUUAGGAAAUCGACUACAAGGUGCCAAGGGAGUUUUAUUUCCUUUUUUUAAAGAUGACAAAUGUACAGAUAUUAAUAUAUUUUUGGUGCCGAUGGCGGCUGUUUUUAAGAGAGGAUGGAGCUGGCUUUUCUCCCUCCCCAUGCGGUUCUAUUUAUCCUGGACAUUUCACACCUCCUCUGUGCCUUGGUUCUCCUGAGACGUUUAACCUGAGACUUUCCUCCGGCCCUGCCUGGGGAACGCGCUGCGCUCUGUUCUUCCCCUUGGGCUGGGGUAGCGCAUCACACUGGCUCUUCCCUUCCCCCGUGACCCUGCCUCCCUCCCACAUCCUUUCAAGGCAAGCCUGGGGGUUCCCGAGAGCCUGCUUGCCUCCUAAUAACAGACUUCCUUUUGUGGAACGAGAGUCACCAUGGCGAAGGCCGAGUUAGCCCAGCUGCGGCUCGAGGAGGAAGCCUGGCGGAAGCGAGGGGUCUUUGAUGCACCGGGUCCACUGUCUGAGACACUGAGAAGACUAUGGGGCCAGGCUGCAAGGCCUGCCUUUUUCCUGGUUGAGUGAAAAACCCUAGGACGGCAGCAAAAAAAAAAAAAAAGGGGGGGACAGAGAAUAAUAACCAGACACAUCAGAAACCUCGCAGGAGGACAGUAUUAGAUGGCUAUCAAGUUAUAUUUGUAGCCAGUUUUCUGACUGUUUUUCAUACGGCUAGGCUGGGUUGUGAGCACGUAAGGACAGAGCCGUCCUGGGGCUGCUUGGCUCCAUCUGAGGAUAUCAGCCAGGCUCUAUCGGCUUGGCUGUGCCUCCUGCUGAAAACAGGAAAGGGGCGUGGGUCAAAAGGGAGAGGGGGGCAGGAGUGGAGCCAGCCUGCAGAAGAACGAGAAGGCAGACUCGAAAGAGGUCCGCGGAACACGGCGGGCUGGGCCACCCAGCUCAGCCACACCGUAGGCAGCACCAGCGUUGGCUGCCGACGGGAGGCAGGCUGCCCUGACUUCCCUCCGAAUGUGUAUAGAUCGUUUCAGAAGACUGCUUUAGUUUAGAGUGUCUGGGAACUGCUGUAUUCUGGAAGUUAAAUAGUGUGAGAUAACAUUAUCUGGAAGCCCUGUUUCGUCUAUAUUUCUGUGUCCCUGUGCUAUUGCAAUCUGGGGGAGUCCUAAUGCUCUGUGUUGUCUUUUAUUUUAUAACUUUCCCCCAACUAUUAAAAUCAAAAAAUUCUCGUC